AUGCUCCAGUUGCCAAAUUCAAUGCCAUCAAUGUAUCGUCAUAUUGAUCAUGAAUCGUGUGGAACUGAAGUGAGAAUUCAGGCGAAAAACAUAAAAUGCUCACUGCACACGUACCAAGUGCUCGUCACCGACCUGACCGGACUCGUCACUACGGCCACCGAAUAUGUACAUCAUUCCAUCGAUUACUGA